AAACAAAACAUACUCGAACUCCAGCACCUGUCCUUACUGCAAAUGUGCUCAGUUUCUGGGUCCCUACGUGCUAGGCCUUCCUCUGUCCGUGAAGACCUGACGAUUUCAAUGUCGUAAUGGGAUUUGCUGUUUGAAAGAUAGGAGAAGCAGAGGAACUGAAUACGCUCCGAGGACGUGGGACAAUCAUCUUUUGACUUACUGAUAUCUAGAACUUUGUAGGAAUUGAUUGUUUCCUUGCAAAGAUACUUCCAACAAUUUUUCGUAACUGGUCACCCGCCAACCUUGGCACCAGACUCAGUUUGUUUAGAGCCAUGCUGAAGAGCGGAAAGGCAGCAGGCAGUGGAGAUCCUGUCAGCAUUGAUGGCUCCAUUCUGGAAGGGGGUGGGCAGAUCAUCAGGAUUUCGGCAGCAUUGGCAUGCCUGUUGCGGCAGCCUGUUGCUCUCCACUCCAUCAGAGCCAAGCGCAGCAAGCCUGGACUGAGAGCACAGCACUUGACCGGCCUCGGCCUAGUCAUGGAAAUGAGUCAGGGCAACUUGGUCGGUGGCGGUGUGGGCGCUACUGAAGUUCAAUUGCACCCCGGGCAACUGCAAGGCGGCCGUUUUCAGGCCGACCCGGGAACGGCUGGAUCAGUUGCACUGCUCAUCCAAGUGUCCUUGCCGUGCGCCCUGUUCGCACCUCGGCCUACUCGCCUUCAGCUACGCGGCGGCACCAAUGCUGACAUGGCACCUCCCGUCGACUACAUACAGCAAGUUUUUUGUCCGAUAUCCAAACGCUUUGGUGUUGACUGCGAUGUUAGCAUUGUCAAGCGUGGCUUCUUUCCAAGAGGUGGUGGCAUUGUGGAUGUAAAUGUUCAACCCGUUGCUCAGCUAUCUGCAGUGGAGAUGCUUGAUCCCGGGCAUGUUGUGCGAAUCACUGGCACUGCUAUCUGUGCAGGGGAGCUACCCAGAGGUUAUGGCAAUGAUAUUGCCAAGGCCUGUCAGCGGCUAUUGCUCAAUCGGCACAAGGAGUUGGUUGCCGAUGUGAAGAUCGACAUUGCCGGCGAAUACAUUCAGCGAGAUCAAGCUACUGCAACAGGCUCAUGUGUCUUACUGGUUGCUGAGACAUCUACUGGGUGCUUACUGGCAGGUUCUGGUCUCGGAUCGAGAGGAAAGGGACCACGUGACAUCGCAGCCGACGCUGUUGAUAUGCUCACCAACAACCUUCAGCAUGGUGCCUGUGUUGAUGAACAUCUCCAAGAUCAGCUGAUCAUCCUGAUGGCGCUGGCGAAAGGCACAUCUCGUAUUCGGACUGGUCCACUCACACUUCACACUCAGACGGCCAUUGAGCUCUGCAAGAACCUGCUUGGGGUGAAUUUUGACGUUACCCCAGUGGAUGGGGUAGCUGAUGCCAAUGUCGUAUCGUGCCAAGGACUGGAAUUCUCAAGAAGCACGUAGCGAACAUUUGCCUACAAUACGAUUGCCGUCGAGAAGAGAAAGCCGUGUUGUGUUUUCCAUGUGCCAUCGGAUAUCCAUGUUAUGGUUUUAGCCGUCUGAAAAUUACCGCUGUGGUGUCAAAUCCUCUCCUCGCAGCGCUGGAGAGCCACUUUAAAACAAUAUCCGAGUCAUGCUACGAUGUACCCUGGACAUCGCCUCUAGUCAUCGCUCCGUCAAAUCAGGACAGGGUAUUUACAUCUGCCAUGUGUGAUGAGCGUAGAUUCAGCUCUACACCACGAUGGUGGCCAUUGGUUUGUGUUACAUAAAAUGCAGCUGUUGCUGGUAGCACAGCAGCCGAAUGUCAGGCGAUCAGUAUUUGAAAACAUUCCCCAUUUCAAGCUCUUUCUGCUUUGAUUAACAUCCGAUCAGGGUCUAAACUUUACAGACUUGCCCACUACUCUGGUCAUCCAGGGUCUCCAAGUCCUGGCACAAACUUUUAGAGCCUGCCUACAGUAAGGAUGAUCUGAUCUGUACGACGAGUACUAGUACCACCUCUAUUUUUGAGCUGUGACACAAUGCCCUGUCACACUCAUGAUUUCGUUGACCAGUUCACCAGCUUGUCAUUUAUGGGACACCCAU